UUGUUCUUCCACUUUCCAUUUCUUGUUAUCGAUUGGCCAUUAGAUUAUUUUAUUAUUUUAUUUAUUUGAUGGGCAUUUCUUCCUCGCCAUGGCCGGCGCCGUCCCCUCCGCUCGCUCCGUCGGCGGUGGUCGCCCCCUUCCUGAGCUAGUAGCUUCCUCCCUCUGCUCCACCCGAUCAAAGCCCAUCACCGGCUUCCUCCUCCUCCAUCUCACCCUCCUUCACUCCCUCUCCUGACCCCUAGCCCCCAUCUGCCCAUGGCCCACGUAUUCCUCCACCACGUCGUUGGAGAUCUCACCCUCGGAAAGCCGGAGCUCGUCCAGUUCUACGACUCCGAGCCAGUCGAAGCCGCCGUCCGUGCCAUCGGGGACUCCGCCGAGGGCGCCAUCACAGUCUGGCGUUCCCCAUCUCCAGAUUCCGCCGCCGUUCCUCGGCCUCCCCCUUCCGCUGACAGGUUCGUUGGGAUGCUCAACUCGCUGGACGUCGUCUUGUUCCUGGCACGCGCCCGCGUCCACGAUCAGGAGAAAUCCAUGAGGACGCCGGUCUCCGAGUUGAUCACUCCCAACCACGACCUCUUGAAGGAGGUGGAUCCGGCAACAAGGUUAAUUGAUGCACUGGACAUGAUGAAGCAAGGUGUGAGACGGCUCCUUGUACGCAAAAGUGUCAUGUGGAGAGGCUUCAGCAAGCGUUUUUCUGUUCUUUACAAUGGAAAAUGGCUCAAAAACAGUCAGAGUUCAUCUGUAGGUGGAGCAAGCAAUAGUGAUCGGCCGUCAUCUUCUGUACUCCAUGAGAAUAAAUAUUGCUGCCUCUCUCGGGAAGAUAUAGUCCGUUUCCUAAUCGGCUGCCUUGGUGCUUUGGCUCCUCUUCCUCUGUCUUCUAUAUCCUCACUCGGAGCAAUUAACUCAAACUACUCUUUUAUUGAAGCCUUCUCGCCUACGCUUGAAGCUAUCCAAAAGAUUCCUCACAAUCCAUGUGCAAUUGCAGUUGUCGAGACAAACUCCGAUGGCACCCACAAAAUAAUCGGAGAUAUAUCUGCGUAUAAGCUGUGGAAAUGUGACUACUGGGCAGCUGCAUGGGCUAUGAGGAAUUUGUCAGCUGGACAGUUUGUUUUAGGAGCAGAUGACUACGGCACCGCUCUAGAUUCUGUUCCUGAUUUUUCAAUCGACUCGCCACCAGAGAAUACAGUGGCUGGAGCCUCCCUCAGGCGACAAAAGUUUAGCAGCAGAAGUAUGGGGUUCUCUAGUAGUCAAGUGAAUCAAAUGCCACUUGGGAGAUUGAGGAACAUGUAUCGAGGGAGGAGUGCACCAUUAACCUGCAAGCCUACUAGCUCUCUGGCGGCUGUCAUGGCACAAAUGCUGUCCUACAGAGCAACCCAUGUAUGGGUGAUCGAUGCCGCAACAGAGGACGACACCGUAGUUGGCAUUGUUACAUUUACUGAAAUCCUGAUUGCGGUCACCCACUAUCCCGCAAGUUGAGCCCGUUUCCUCGGGUUUAAUGUGUUCGCCAACAAUUUACUUGUGUCAUCUACAGUUAGUCUAUUGAACCUUAUUGUUAUGGAUUGGAAUUGUGGGAGUAAUUUGGAAGGCUUUGCAUCAAUAUGUUUUGUUCAGACAGUAAAAUUACGUUUGGUUAGAUGUAAUGUAAUGAAAUUUGUAAUGUGAUCAAAUUUAUAAUGUCAUGUAAUUUUGAUUAUAUUAUUAUGUUUGAUGAUAUAAUGUAAUGUCAUGUAAUUUUGAUUAUAUUAUUAUGUUUGAUGAUAUAAUGUAUGUAAUCUACCAGGAUGAUUUGUUUGGUGUCCA